CAGGAACAUCUAUUUCGUGCUAUUGUCGUCUCCAGUUCUUCCAUUUACAAGGCAGGGAGAAUAACAGAAGGGAGGAGGAGAGAUGUCUCUGGUAGACUACGCGUCGGACGAAGAUUCGGACAUCGCAGAAGAUGAAAAAGAUGAUGAAGAAGAAGAAGAAGAAAGAAAUAAAAGCGACGAUAGACAAGAUUCCGAUUCUCAAAAUCAGAGUUUGAUAUCCUCAUCACAUCAACAAUCAGAUGGCGCCUCACAUUCAUCCACCUCCCCUAUUGAGAAACUUCCAGAUGCCUCACUUCUUCUCGAUUCACCUUCUUUACCAUCUCAUCAAGUGAGUAGCAGUGAUCACUAUUCUAGAGUUGCAGCUGCCAUGGCAGAAAGUGCAUCCCGGAAGAGAGAAUCAAAUGGAUCUAUGUCCUCUCAUCCACGCAGUAAGCAUCCUAGAGGGAACUUGCCACAUUCACGAAAUGUGCCUGACACUGUUGGGGGCCGGCUGGUUCCUCCUCAACUUCGUGGCAGGAGCAAUGUUGUAACAGAAGAUAUAGGCAAGCUUUUCGUGAGUAGGCGCACGGAUCCAUCCCCCUAGUAUCAGAAUUUUACAGCUUAUAAGAUGCCAUUUCUCUGUAUCAUUUAGAUAUUAGUGUCGACAGAUGAGAUGCAUGAAGAAACUAGCAUUCUGUGAAAUGUAAAAGAAAUCUCUGCCAAGAUUGCAGGUUGGUGUA